CAACCGCCGCAUUGCUGCAUCCGUCGCACUUCCCCGGGCCAACUGGCGUUCGGCCUCUUUUAUCGAUACGAAAUGCACGCCCGCCCAAACCGCAGUGUUUCACACCACAAUUGCUGGUAGGUUGAUGGCAUCUCUGGGGACCAAUUUCUCUUUCGCCUCGGCCAGACCGAUAGCCUACCGUUCUUGGACGUCCCAUCUACGGUACGGAUACACCUCCCACGUUUUCGAGAUCAACUCCACCGUUGUGCGAUGCGGUUACGGUGGCGUCUGCCGUGCCUCCAGCAAUGUCAGCCAGACGUGCAACUAUUCCCCCUCUUCCCUCCCCUCAUUCAAUGCAGCAACCGCGAUCGUCCCGAUUCUAGAUGCAUCGUUUUGCCGCCCAAAGGCAGCAGUGAUACGGAGGGCUGCUGAUACCCCCUCAUGCCUGAACCCUCCACAUUUCCUGGCGAGGAUUACAACAGCAGCAGCAGCGGCGGCGGCACUCCCAUACCGGGGGGUCAUUCGGUGCCCGCAUAUGCGGAACAAGAUGCGAGGCCAGGUGAGGCGGCAAAUCGCCGCGCCCGCUGCCGGAUUGUCGGUGUGGCUUGGAGCCGGACACAGCUCUGUCACGUUCGCGAAAAGGGCCAAUGUCACCGUUACAAAAUGCCCCCAAAUACCUCAAAAAUCCAAAUGCCCUCCCCCUGUGACAUACCAAGAAGCAGGACUCAAUGUUCCUGCGUCUUGUUGGGCAGCGAUUGAGCACCCUAAUUGCUUAAAAUUGACACCUGAACUGGUGCAAGCGGACCUGAUUCCCGUCGAUUUUCUUUUCGAAUAUUUAGUUAUUUCAAAAGAUACUGAGUAGACUAUAACGCAUCGCUGUACCAAUAUCAUUCAAAUGGUCCACUUCGUUUACCUCCGCCGUUUCCAACGCCUCUCAUGGGACCGUCACCGCCUCGUCUGCCCACCACAAAACGUGGCAACUUGCAU